AAGAGGGAGUGGCCCAGUUCUGCCUGUGCCCAGAAGACAGAAAGUCUGCCUGUAGAAUUGCACUGUUUGAUCUUAAGGAAAGAAAGAGAUGCCUAAUACUAAACAAUCUUCAGACCCAGUCCUAACAAGUGUUUUCAUGGCUAAUCUGAUAUUCUUCAUUUGGUUCUCAAUGUUACUGUCUCUAACAUACAGCCAAACACAGAAACAGGAGGUCACUCCUGCUCAAGGAGCCACCAGUCAUUGGUUUGCUUUGUUGAUAGAAGAUGAAGCCAGUGUUGCAAGUGCAGAUUUCCAGAAUUUCAAGAAAGGAACCAGGGCCCAACCAGAAGUUUUGCCAUAUGCAACUCUUCAGACAAGUCCAGAUUCUCCUAUUAAAAACAUAACUAUAGACCAUGUGGUUGACACAAUGUGGUUGAAUUGGAUCAAUGUGGAGAAUGUGAAUAACAUCAACUGUACUAUUAAAGUCCUCUCAAAAGUGGUAUAUAAGACGGAGGCAAAAAACAACAGCAGGUGCGAAAUAAAAAGUUUCCAUAGCUGGUGCCAAGGGGUAGACUUUGUAAUUGAGGGAUUUGCUGGGAAAAGAUUUUCAAAAACUGUCCAUCUUCCCCAAAGAGGAGAAGAAGGAACCACUAAAGAAAAUGUAUCCUGUGAGAUUCAUAAGGCAAAUUUCAUGGACUGCAAAUGGACAGUGAGGAAAACUCCAGGAGAUAUCCAUUAUCAAUUUUUUUACUCACAAUCCCCAAUGACUUUUGUGGAUAGAGAAUGUCCAAAUUAUAAGACAGAUUUUGAAGGCAGACGUGUUGGAUGUCAUUUUGAUAACCUCUCAGGAUUCCCAAACCCUUACCCAUAUCACUUCCUAGUGAUUGGAACUCACAAUGGAAGGGAAGUCCAGUGUACUGAUGACAACAUUUCACUAUGGGAUAUUGAAAUAUUUAAACCACCAAAUGUCACUAUAGACUGCAAAGAUCUUAAUUGUAGUUUGCAGUGGCAGGCACCCAAAACAAUUUUUCAAGGUGAUGAAGAAAACUUUGACUAUCAACUUCAAAUUCAAAAGAUUGCUGACAAAAAUAUGUCUCCAGUGGUCCUUAAGGUUAGCAAAACCACAAGAUAUGAUUACAAAAUUAAUUAUGGAAAAUAUACUGUGAAAAUAAGAACAAAAAAGAUCUUUCAUGAAAAUUGGAGUACAUGGAGUGAGCCUCAAGAAUUUGCAGGUCAGGAAGUCCAUGAAGAUAAUCUUCUGCCAGUAUUAAUGGUGUUACUUCCUGGAAUUACUUUCAUUAUAGUGCUCAUUGUGGGCUAUCUCUGUAAAAGGUAUUAUGUGAUCCAAAAAAUAUUCCCUCCUAUCCCCCAAAUUAGAGACCAAGUCAGUGACAGUUUUCAAAAAUAUGUCGAGGUGGACUGGGAAGAAAAUAAAAUACUUCCAGAACAAUGUAAAAUUGAAGAGAUACAGGUCACAUAAAAAAAGAAACUGUGCAUAAAACUAAACAAAAUAUUUCAUAUUCCUAGACAUUUCUUUUCUGAUCUCUUUUUUCUAACCUUUUCUUUUUUUUUCUUCCAAAUAAUGUUUUAGUUACACACAAAGUGGAAUGUGCUGGCAAAUGGCCCUUUGGAGAAGAAAAAAAAAAUAACAUACUCAAAUCUUUGUUCAUUUCUAAGUCAUAAAUGCUUAAACCAAAAUUUUAACAAUCUAGCAUUCAUGAGCCUGUUUCAGUUUACUCCAGUGCAUUUUUGGACAUAUAUUCGCUUAAAUUAGAUUUUUGGAAAUCUCAAUACCAGAAUAUGGUAGUAUGUUCUCCCUUUAGCUAAAUUAAUGAUUUGGUUUUCUUUUUUUCUUCUGAACUUAAAGACAAAAGAAGCAAAUAUAAAAAAAAUGUCCAUGUAGACAGCAGAAUACAAAAAGAGGAUUUUAUAAAAACUGUGAAUCUUGAUUCCAUAUUACUUGCUUAAAAACAAAAUACAUCAUUUUCAAAAUAGAUCUUCUGUUUCCUUCUGUACUCUUCUGUGCAUUUUAUUUUCUUUUAUUUUUUGGAGCUUCUGUGAAUUUUAAAAGACUUCAGUGGUUCUCUUUUUUCAUCAUUAUUGCCAAUUCUCUUUCCUCUCUAUUCUUCCCCCCAAUUAAAAACUGAAAGGAAAAUAAAAACUUUUGCAAUAAAAAAGCAAAACGAUAGCGCCA